GUCGUUCCUCUAAUUUCUCCGAUUGUCACGUGCACGAAAGAAACAAACUAAAAUGUCGACUGAAAAGAUACACUCGAUAAAAGUCCCAACCCAAUAUAAACGGGUAGCUGCAGUACUAAAAACCGCCUUGGAAAGUAAAAAGUCUUUGAAAACUUUAAUGUACAAUGAGAAACAUGCCCGUUUACGUGGUAUGCAAGCAGUUUUAACUAAGUACUUUGACAAUAAAGGAGCUAUCGACGAAGCCAUUGAAAAAUCUCAAAUACUUCAGGAUAAUCCACGGCUGUGUCCGAUUUUAUGUAAAGUUCUUGUAACGGAACUCAUCUUGGGACUGAAGAAAUUAAACGGUGAAUCGAAACCGGUACAAACCGUGCGUGCAUACAAAGAUCGUCUGGCCGAGGCUUUGGGAGUAGACAAAAUAAAAAAUAACUCAGAAGACAAAAAAGAUAAAAAACCACGCUAUGUACGCAUCAAUCGAAACUUGCUCAGUGUUGAUGAAGCUCAUGAAUUUUUGGCCAGCGAAGAAUGGCGCAAAAAAGAAUAUACACCAUUUGAAAAUUAUGAUGAUUUCUUAAAGGCGGUUCAAGAACUGCAGGAAGAUGAGUAUAUGGUUGAUAUGCACGUUGAUGAUUUGUUAAUAUUUCAUCCGAAAAAUAAACACUACUGGGCCAAUCAUAACUACACUAGAGAAAAAUAUUUUAUGCUACAAGAUAAGGGCACCUGCUUGGUUGCGGAGCUAUUGAGUCCGCCAGCCGGUUCAACGGUUUUAGAUAUGUGUGCAGCUCCUGGUAUGAAGACAAUACACGUUAGCAAUGUUAUGAAUAAUCAAGGUACCAUAUAUUCUGUGGAACAGAAUCCAGAACGUUACAAUACAUUGUGUAACAUGACAAAAAGCGCUGGUUGCAAAAUUGUACAGCCCAUAAAUGCCGAUGCCUUAACUAUAACUGCGGAACAAUGUCCUGGCGUUGAAUAUAUUCUCGUCGAUCCUUCUUGCUCUGGGUCGGGUAUGCAAAAUCGUAUGUCCAUGCACUCGGAAGAGAAGAAUCCGGAACGUCUGAGAAAAUUAGCUGGUUUACAAAUUAAAAUGUUGUCGCAUGCAAUGUCAGCUUUUCCCGAUGUUAAACGUAUAGCCUAUUCGACAUGUUCUCUAUAUGAAGAAGAAAAUGAACAGGUGGUGCAAAGGUGUCUUGAGAUGAAUUCAUCAUUUAAGCUGUUAAGUUGCAAAAAAUCUUUACGCAAUAAAUGGCGUAACGUCGGCAAUCAGGAUUAUAAAAAGAUUGGAAAGAAUUGCUUAUAUACACGUCCAUCGUCUGAUUUGGCUGAUGGCAUUUUUAUAGCUAUAUUUGAAUCCAUUAAGAUAAUAGAUGAUGAAUAAAAUUUUUUAUAAGUUGAA